UGCAUGGUGUUGGGGGAUGUAUGGGAACAUAUAGAUGGGGUGUGGAGGACUAUAGGGUUGUAUAGGGGAUGGGGCACACGGGGGUGCCUAGGACGUAUAUACGGUUGCAGGUGGCGCCUGGGGGUAUAUGGGGACGUAUAGGCGAUGCAUAUGGGAACGCACGGAGGGCCGCGUAGGGUGUCCAUAGGGGUGCAGAGAGGCGCACGGAGACGUAUAGGGUGCACAGGGGAACGUAAAGCAGCGCAUAGGGGGUCGUAUAGGGGCACACGAGGAGGUAUAGGAGCACGUGGGGGCGUCUAUAGGGGCGCACAGGGCGGGUGGAGGCGCCUAUAGGAGUGAACGGGCAGGCGCAGGAACGUAUAGGGCCGUAUAGACAGGUGUAUAGGGGUACGUAGGGGUAUAUAGGCACGUACGCAAUUCUGCGCGGCAGCAGCGCCGCCACCGAGCCCGCCCCGCUCGUGACACGCGUGGCAGCACCGCUAGGACCCGGCCGCCGACAGGACUCAUUCAUUAAUUAAUUAGCGAGGGCAGCUAAUUAAGAGGAAGCCCCCACCACCACCACCAUGCGGGUGACCCCGUGCCAAGCCGCCCUGGCCGGGGCCAUCGGCCUCAACCUCCUCCUCCUCUACUGCGCCUGGCGGGGGCCGGGGGGGUCGGCGCCAUCCUGUCGUCCCCCCCGCGGCGUCCCCGGCGUCACCGUCCUCCUCCGGGACUUCGAGGAUUUCGAGAACGACUUAGCGGGGACGGCACGAUCUUUCGCUUCUUUACCCGUCCCGGUUCUGGUCGUCGCCGAAACGGCGCCGUAUCCGCCGGUACCGUUACCGGAAGGGGUCGGGUUGUUACCACUACGUCCCGCGAUCGACCGACCACCGCCGUUGGCGCAUCCCGAACUCCACGUCCGUACCCGCCACGUGGCUUUGGUCCCCGACGGCACCCGAGCCGUCCCCGGAUUGCUGGAACGGAUGCGGGACGCGUUGGAAGAAGGCGCCGGCGACACCCGGUUGGUGGCGGCGCCGGUCGGAACGACGCCGUUACGGUGCCUUGAGCUGCGCUUGGAACCGCGGGCGUGGACGGCGCGGUACGGUCCCGGAACGCCGGGAGUUUGCCGGGCGGUGGAGGGGACGGCGGUGCUGCUGCUACGCACCCGCGAUCUUUUCGCGCUCCCCUUCCCCCUGGCGCGGCCGGCGCCCACCGCGCUCUUCGUUCAGGCGGCGUUUCGGGGUUGGGGGCUACGGUUGAUGCCGGCGGCGUUCCCGGCGGCUCGCCGACCCCCCGUUUCCCCCCACGGCCGUUGGAAAGCCGAAAACCUGGCGGAAAACCGACGGCGCCGGUUGAUGCGCGACCUCGGCAUCAAACGGGAGGUGUUGGCGGACGGGCGGGAGCGGUGGUACGGCUGCGGCAAAGAGACGGCGCGGUGUUUCGGCACCGUGCACGCCCGUACCCCCCAGUAUCUCCUCGCCGGGCGAUGGACCCCCCCGUGCUGCCUACGGGCGCUACGGGAAACCGCCCGGCACGUAACCGCGACGCUGGAGAGCGCCGGGGUACGGUACUGGUUAGAGGGGGGGUCGUUACUGGGAGCCGCCCGCCUCGGCGACAUAAUCCCUUGGGAUUACGACGUGGAUUUGGGAAUUUACCGGGAAGAUUUGGGUAAAUGCCGGUGGCUGGCGGCGGCGGCGGCGGGAGAACCGGUCGAAGAUACCGAGGGUUUCCUCUGGGAGAAAGCGACGGAGGGAGAUUUUUACCGCGUCCACUACAGUCGGAGCAACCGGUUGCACGUGGACCUGUGGCCGUUUUACCCGCGCGGGGGGGUGAUGACCAAGGACACGUGGGUGGGGCACCCCCAGGACGUGGAGUUCCCCGAAAGUUUUCUCCGUCCCCGGGUACCGAUGCCGUUUGCCGGUUUUACCGCCAUGGCGCCCAACAACGCCCGCGCUUUCCUCGAGUUAAAGUUCGGGCCGGGAGCCAUCGAGAACCCCGAGUACCCCAAUCCUGAGGUCAAGCGUCUGGGGCGGGAUUGAGGGGGGGGGGUCCCGUGGGGUGCCCCCCCUUCCCCGUGACAAUAAACCCUCCUGUGACACCCA